GCUGUGUUAUAUUUUUCACGAUGAUGCAGUUAAAGUAUUAAUGAAUAUAAAGGCUGAUACACAUUUUCUACUUGUUUGUUAGCUCUUACAGUGAUCUGUUGGAGUUAUCAAGGCUCAAUAAACUUCAUUAAGACCAUCAGUAAAGUUUUGGCCGUUAUUAGGAUGGGGUCCGCUACAGUAAGAGCUUCACCCUCGCUGUUUCUGACGCCGCUGCACGUGCUUCAAAAAAGACGACGGUAAAUGGAACGCAGCCACGCGGAAUCGGCGUAAUGGUUAACGGAGUUUAAAAGGCAUGAAAAAGUGAGCUCAUUAUGGAAACGGACACGGAAAAACAACGACCUAAAGGCACAUCUCAAACAGAAACGGAAGGUAAAGGAGAGAAUGAUGCAGAAGGAGCUGUUAAAGGUAAAGAUAAAAAUGAAUCUGAGCAACAAAGUGAAGUGCAAGAUAGUGCAGAGCUCCCUCGACGUUCAGAACGUCAUCAUGUUCCCACAGAAAAAAUACUUGCAUAUAGAAAGGAGGAAUGCAGUAAGAAAGAGAAAAGAUUAAUCAAUAUGUAUGAAGAAUGGAAAUUAAAAGCACGCAAAGCAAGACAUGACUUAAAAUCAGACAUUUCAGAAAAACAGUUAGCAGAAAUUGCAGACUCUCUGGAGGAUAAAAUGAACUGCAUCAUGAAAAUCUUUAGUGAAAUAAGGGAGCAUAUUACACCUGCUGCUGAUUUAAGACGUAAAAUUGAUGCAUGUGAGGCUGUUACCAAAGAUAUCAUGAAAGUUAUUUUGGAAAGAUUGGCAACAGUUGAUGGUGAGUUUGAUGAAGACAGAGAAAGAGGCCGUCUUCGUGAACUUUUAGCACAUAGUUACGCUCGUUCUGUAUAUGGCUCAACUGCUUCAAAAGGUAUCAGCAGCCAUUCUGGAUCAUCUUGUACAACAGACAAACGAGCAGAUGCUGUAGCAGAGCUGGUUGCUAAGGAGACUGAAUAUAAAAUAAUGCAACUUGAAAGGCAACAAAAGGAAAAAAUAAGAUGUCUAGAAGAGCAACUAAGGAUAGAGGAGGAAACUCAUAGGUUUGAAAUAGAAAGAUUAAGGAUGGAAAAGGAUUUAAAGGUUGCUCGUGCCAAAGUAAAUUCAUAUGAUGAUGAAGUAAAACAAGAGAUAAAUAGUCAGUCAAUCCUGAAUGAACACGAAAGUCAAAGAAACUUACUCUCUUCAGUGACACAUCAACAAGAGAAUGUUGUACAAUCAGCACAUCUUAGUGAAGUGACUCAACUUGCACAAGCAGUUCAGGACAGCAUAGCAAUCAAUAGACUUCCUAUACCUGAGCCUACAGUGUUUAAUGGAGACCCAAUUCAGUUCGUGGAAUGGAAAUCCUCAUUUAUGUCACUCAUAGACAAAAAAGGCAUCUCCACAGCUGAUAAACUCUAUUAUUUGAAAAAAUAUGUGAGUGGACCAGCACACAAAUAUCUAGAGGGCACUUUCUAUCGAAGUGAUGAGGCAGCUUACAAAGAAGCGUGGAACAAACUAAACCAGAGAUUCGGCCAGCCUUUCAUAAUUCAAAGAGCUUUUAGGGAAAAGCUGUCGACGUGGCCUAAAAUACGAUCUAAAGAUGCAGAAGGAUUAAGGACAUUUUCAGAUUUCCUAAAUGCCUGUCUUCAUGCUGUACCUCAUGUCAAAGGCCUGGAAAUAUUAAACGACUGCGAGGAAAACCAAAAGCUGGUACAAAAACUUCCUGACUGGAUAGCAUCCAGGUGGAACCGUCAGGUUACAGUUUCCCUCAUGGAAGGUAAAGAUUUUCCAAGCUUUAAAGAUUUUGCUGAGUUUAUGUCUACUGAAGCCGAAAUUGUAUGUAAUCCCAUCACUUCUCUGCAUGCUCUUCAUUCACGUGAACUGCCUUCUGAAAAGGUAAUGUCAAAGGAAACGAGAAGAAAUAAAGCAGUUGUUUUCCAUACUCAGUCCUCUGUAAAUAAUGACAAAACUCUCACAGCUAAAGGACAGUCAAGAGCUACAUGCAUGUUGUGUCAUGAUGAUAAUCAUCAGCUUUGCAAAUGUCCAAAAUUCAUGGAGAUGUCUCUGAAAGACAGAAGGGUCUAUGUCAAAGACAAUAAACUGUGUUACGGCUGUAUGAAACCAGGACAUAGUGCAAAGGAGUGUCGUCGUCGUCACACAUGUGAUGUUUGUAAAUUACGACAUCCCACAUGUCUUCAUGAUUACAAUUAUGUGACUAAUGCAAACAGAGAAAGAUCACUGCCCACGGUGAGAGAUGUGUAUGCACAGGAAAGAGAAACUACUAAUGCCAUGUCACUUAAUGUCACAAGUGAAGAUCAAUCAAUCACUACUUCAAUGAUUGUACCAGUAUGGGUGUCAUCUUGUAAAAAUCCAUCUAAAGAACAACUUGUAUAUGCUUUGUUAGACACUCAAAGUGACACCAGUUUUAUUGAUGAAGCAGUGAGUAAUGAGUUGCAAGUAGAUACUCACCCAGUGAAACUCAAGCUUACCACUAUGCUGGGAGACAAUAUGGUCAUAAAAAGCAAGAGAGUAUCAGAUCUUCGUGUGAGAGGAUACAAUUCUUCAGUGCAUAUCGAUCUUCCUCCUACAUACACGAAAGAGUGCAUUCCUAUAAAUCGUGACCACAUACCGACACAGGAAACGGCAAAGAACUGGAAUCAUUUAAAGCCAAUCACAAACGAACUACCACCUCUUCUCAGUUGUGAAGUGGGCUUGCUUAUUGGCUAUAACUGUCCUAGAGUACUAGCUCCUAGGAAAGUCAUACUGAGUAAAGAUGAUGAGCCUUACGCCAUUCUAACUGACAUAGGAUGGAGUAUUAUAGGCUGCUCCACACCAGGAUUUCGUGAAUCCACAAUCAGUCUUUGUCACAGAAUAACCACGAAGGAGAUGCCAACUUUGACGCCUUUAGAGGCAAUUCAUGUUCUUGAAUCAGAUUUUAAGGAUGUCGCCACGGAGAACGCACCAGUUUCACAAGAAGACAUUAUGUUUCUAGAUAAACUCAGGGAAGGCAUAAACAAAAACGCUCAAGGACAUUAUGAAAUGCCCCUUCCAUUUAAACAAAGACCAUUCUUACCUGACAACAGAGAGCUUGCCAUUGUCAGACUCAAUCAUUUGAGCAGAAAAUUCUCUAAGGAGGAGAAAUACAAGUCAGACUACAUUACUUACAUGAAUGACAUCAUUGAAAGAGGUGAUGUAGAAAUUGUGAAUGAUGAUGGAACUAAUGGGGAAAAAUGGUAUAUACCCCAUCAUGGCAUCUACCACCCAAAAAAGCCAGACAAAUUACGUGUCGUGUUUGAUUGUUCAGCGAAAUAUAAAAACACCAGUCUCAAUGAACAUCUGCUAACGGGACCUGACAUGAUAAAUAACCUCACAGGUGUCCUCCUAAGGUUUAGAAAGCAUCCUAUCGCUGUAACAUGCGAUAUUGAGAAAAUGUUCCAUCAAUUUCAUGUCCCAGAACGUGACCAUGAUUAUCUGCGCUUCCUAUGGUGGACAAAUGGCGACACACAUUCAAUACCUCAAGACUACAGAAUGAGAGUACACCUUUUUGGUGCAGUGUCUUCGCCUGGUUGCGCAAACUAUGGCCUAAGACAUAUAGCUAAUGAGUACAGUCUUUCACACCCACUGGGUGCACAAUUCAUCACCAGAGAUUUUUAUGUUGAUGAUGGAGUGACAAGUGUAGAGACGGUGGAAAAGGCCAUUCAGUUAACAAAAGAAGCACAGGAGUUGUGUGCUAAAGGUGGUCUUCGACUGCACAAGUUUAUAUCGAAUGACAGCACCGUUCUGCAAAGUAUACCAGCAUCAGAAUGUGCAGUAAGUUUUGCAACAAAGGAUCUUACUUUCAAUGACAUGCCACUGGAAAGAGCAUUAGGAAUUCACUGGAGCAUACUGACGGAUAGUUUCAGAUUCCAUAUUCCACUAAAGGAUCAACCUACAACACGUCGUGGCAUUCUGUCAACCAUUGCCUCCAUAUACGAUCCUUUGGGUUUCGUAGCUCCAUAUGUUCUUAAUGGAAAAAAAAUCCUGCAAGAAAUGUGCCGCCAGGGUACAGGCUGGGAUGACUCGCUUUCUCCUGCACUAAGCCCUCGGUGGGAGAAAUGGCAAGAUGACUUUGUCAACCUGGAAAGGGUAAACAUACCACGAUGUUAUGUACCUACUGAAUUUGGUAAGGUUGUAAAAACAGAAAUACACCAUUUCUCAGAUGCAAGUAACUGUGGCUAUGGUCAGUGUUCUUACCUGAGAGUAAUGAAUGAAAAUGCAAACAUCCAUUGUGCUUUUCUCAUUGGCAAAGCUCGAGUUGCUCCCACAAAGGUGGUCACAAUACCGAGAUUGGAAUUAACAGCAGCUGUUGUAUCGGUCAAAAUGAGUGACAUCCUCAGAGAAGAGCUUGACCUCUCCAAUGUGAACGAGUUCUUUUGGACGGACUCUAAAGUAGUUUUAAGCUACAUAAAUAAUGAAGCUCGACGUUUUCAUACGUUCGUAGCCAAUAGAGUUCAAAGGAUACGACAAAGCACGACUCCUAAACAAUGGUUGUAUGUUCCUUCGAAUGACAACCCGGCAGACAAUGCCUCUAGAGGAAGAACUAUAAGUGAGCUGCUCUCAUCUAACUGGCUCUCUGGUCCACCAUUCCUUUGGAAAAAGGAAAUCGUUGCUACAGACGUUGAGCUGGAACUUGCAGUAGGAGAUCCAGAAGUCAGGAAAGUCCAAUCAUUUCAGGUAAUAACAACAAAAAGCAAAGAUCUUAUUGACCAUCUUUCCAAGUUCUCAUCUUGGCCCAAAGCUGUCAAAGCCAUUGCACGCCUUUUGAGACUAAGUAGAAAGGAUAAAACAAAUUCACCUGCAACUGUGAGUGAACAAGAGGAUGCAAAACAUUUGAUCCUAAAGGGAGUGCAAAAGCAAGUCUAUCAGAAGGAGAUAGAUAUUUUGAAUCAAGGAAAACAACUCCCAGGCCAUAAUAAAUUACACCACCUUGAUGCUUUCAUUGACACAGACGAUAUGGUCAGGGUGGGAGGAAGAUUAAGUCAUUCAUCAUGCACUCACUCAUUUAAACAUCCUUUGAUUAUUCCCAGAGAACAUCACAUAACCAAAUUAAUAAUUGCACACAGUCAUGAAAGAGUGAAGCACCAAGGCAAGGGAUUCACAAUCAAUGAUAUUAGGUCUUGUGGUUAUUGGAUACCUGGAAUAAACAGAGCUGUCACUUCAUAUAUCCACAACUGUGUAAAGUGUAGAAGGCUGAGAAAAUCUGCUGAAGGUCAAAGGAUGAGUGAUCUCCCUACAGAACGUGUGGAACCUUCCUCACCUUUUACGUACUGCGGCAUGGAUUGCUUUGGUCCUUUUAUGACUAAAGAGGGCAGAAAGCAACACAAAAGGCAGACUCAGUGAUGCUUCAUUGCGCACCUUGUUUUAUGAGGCUAUGGCAGUAGUCAACAGUCGCCCCCUAACUGUGGACAACCUGAAUGACCCUAAAAGUCUAGAACCUCUCACGCCUAACCAUCUAAUCACCAUGAAAUCCACAACACCUUUACCACCACCAGGAAAAUUCACAAGGGAGGAUGUAUAUGGAAGAAAAAGGUGGAGACAGGUACAGUACCUUACGGAGCAAUUUUGGAGUAGAUGGAAAAAGGAGUAUCUACACACUAUUGCUACACGACAGUGCUGGCAUGCUCCUAAAAGGAAUUUUCAAGUUGGUGAUGUAGUUAUGGACAUGGAUGAAUCUUUGUCAAGAAAUCAGUGGAGAAUUGGAAGGAUCGUGGAGACUGUUUCAAGCCCAGAUGGAUUGGUUAGGAAAGCCAAAUUAUUACUUGGUGACAGGAAAUUGUCCAAGAAAGGAGAACGGAUAAAUAAGAUAUCAAUGGUAGAAAGGCCAGCUCAAAAGUUGGUUUUGCUAUUGGAAGCCGAGUGAACUGAUUUACAUAUGGACUUCAUAUUACUUCAAACACACACAAAGGUUAAAGAAACAAAUGGAAAUUAUUCAUGUUUAAAGGACAUUCAUAAUUUGGUGGGAGUGUAGCAGACACCUCUAAAUAAUUUCUUUAUUUUGUAUUUAAUUUGUUUAAAUAAUAAUUUGACAUAUUUUGAGUGUUUGGAGCUAUAUGAUAAUGUUCCGGUUUGGUAUAAGGUGGGACUCUUAUUUUGAAAAGCGGCAGCAUCCAUUGCAGUCACGGUUGUGAAAAGCAUAUCUGCACUACGGUUUAUCAGCUCCUUAAGUUUUAUAUUUUGUUAGCACCCCCCUAAAGGGCAUAAGGUGUGUAUGUUUAUAUAUCUAAACUGUUAAUUUAAGUAAAUGAUGUGUUAUAUUUUUCACGAUGAUGUAGUUAAAGUAUUAAUGAAUAUAAAGGCUGAUACGCAUUUUCUACUUGUUUGUUAGCUCUUACGGUGAUCUGUUGGAGUUAUCAAGGCUCAAUAAACUUCAUUAAGACCAUCAGUAAAGUUUUGACCGUUAUUAGGAUGGGGUCCGC